AUGUCUCAAAACCUCUCUAUACUCAUCGCAACAAACGACCCCUCCCUCAUCUCGAAGUUCGACAGCGACAAGAUCCCCAUCACCGCCACCCAACCCACCGACCUCACCACCCGCAACGACAUCGCCAUGACCCUAACCCUCUACAACUUCACCACCUCCCUCCCCGCCACCUCCCACCCCUCCUUCACCAUCCCCGCCUCCGCCCUCCCCGCCUUCAUAUCCGCCCUCUACAUGCCAACCCUCCACAUCUGGACCAUCCAAUCCACCCUCUCCAUCUCCCUCCCGGGCACGGAGGGGCGGGAGGCGGGAGAAUCCACCCUUUCCUGCCCCCUCCUCCACCCCCUCACCCACGCCCCCCUCGCCCCCACCUUCUUCGCCCUCCUCCCCUCCACCCUCUCCACCCUCCACCACCGCUACACGGGCGCCUACCCCGCCGCCGCCCACCUCGCCAAGCUGCAGAGCCUGCAACUCGGCGCCGUCGAGGCCGCGCAAACCGGCUCGUUCGCGCAGGCCGCCGAUCGCUACGCCAUGGCGCUGCGCUUCGCGCACGUCGUCUGGGAGUGCCACCUGGAAUCCGUCCGCGGGCUGGUGGGCGUGCUGUGGGCGCUAACGCUGGAGAUCUACGCGGAUCGGACGCAGGUCUUGUUGAAUAUCGCGAAUGCUGCCGCGGGGGACAAGGGGGGUUUUGAGCUGGCGCGGGAGAAUGCGGAGGAGGGGGUGGUGUGGUUGGAUGCGCGGGAGGGGGUUGGAGAUGGGGUUAUUGGGGGUGGGAAGGAGCGGGAGGGGGUGAGGAGGGGGAAGGCGAAGCUGAGUUUUCGCGCGGCGGUGGCGUGUCAGGGGGCGGGGGAUAAGGGGGCCGCGGUGGGGUAUUUGAGGGAGGCGAUCAGGUUGGAGCCGGAGAGUAGAGACGUGCUGCAGAAGAGAAUUGAGGAGGUGGGGGGUGGGGAGGGGGAAACGGGUGGGAGGGCCGCGGUGGUUUGGCGGCGGUAG